AUGGUUUUCAACAAGUUGAUUCCAAAGCAAUUCAAGUGUUCCUUCCAUUCCUCGAUAAGUAAUGUGUCAGCCCGUUACGAGACCGACAUCACCCCCGCUGGCUGGACCUUCUCCAUUUGGAGUGUUAUUUAUAUCUGGCUCACCCUCAUGGUCAUUUAUAUCACUUUAUUUGUGUUCAGAGGAUCUUGGGCUCAGUGUCUGCUGCCGUACGCCUUCUACUUUUUCUGGCUGCUCAACAUUGUGCUGAAUAUGAUAUGGCUGCUGUUGUGGGACAGAGAAUUGAUGCUGUCAGGUCUGGUUGUAUUGAUCCUGAUCGUGAUUUCCAGCUACGGUGCCUUGAGUAUCUGUUGCUAUGCAACAGAUUACUACGGACUCUGGCUACAUACCUACUACCCCAAAGACCUCAUCUGUGUCACAAUUUUGGUCCAGAACGGUUUGGCUCUCUACACGACAUGGACGUCGAUCGCUUCUUUGAUCAACUUCGCUGUAGUCCUUCAAUUGUGGGGCGUGGUCAAAAGCACGGCUGCGACCGUGUCACUUUGCCUCCUGUUUGCUGAGCUGGUGGGAUGGUUUAUUCUUGAAAACUGGGCACUGGAUCGCUGGGUGCGCAACAUUCUGACGGUGUACCCUGUUGUGAUCGUGGCGCUGGUCGGGAACGUGUUCAAGCAUUUUCACUCAGCGGACCCCAGCCCGAAUGCCAUAUUUAUGGUUUGUCUCCUGGUGUUGGCAUGUAUCCUGCUGGUGUUCCGAGUCUGUAACGUCAUCUGGAGAAACAGAUGGAGACCCCUCUUCUCCCCGGGGUCGGCACGCCCGCUAAUCUCACCACUUGAUGGAGGCAAAUUUAAGCUCUUAUCCUAA